AUGUUUCUUAAAAGAGUGCGGUUCGUCUGCGUGGUGAUCCUCUUCCUGGCGCCAUUCCCCGCCAACACCUGGGACUAUUGCCAGGAGCACUGGUGUCCAAAAUCCAACAAUCAUAUAGCCUGCAACAAUAAUGGGACUUUUGGACCCGAGUGCGGCAGUGAGGCCAGGUUAAUACCGCUGAGCAGUCAGCAACGCUCGUUCAUUGUCAACCAGGUGAACUUCUACCGCAACCAGGUGGCCUCGGGUGGAUUCUCCGGCUUCGGAGCCGCCCACCGAAUGUCCAGUGUGCGCUGGGAUCCCGAGCUGGCCCACCUGGCGGAUAUGGCGGCCAGGAGGUGCAGCCUUUCCGGCGACGAGUGCCGCAACACCAGGCGAUUCAAGCACGUGGGUCAACUGACUGGCCACGUGAUCUUCAGCGCGGGAAAGCACAGCGAUGUGGAGCUGCUGGGCCACAAGAUCUCCAACUGGUUUGGCCAGUAUAAGCGGGCCACCAAGGAGCUGGGCGUAGCGGAUCCAGCCAGUGACAUCACUAGUUUCCGGCAGCUGAUCCAGGAGAGGGCCACCCACCUGGGAUGCGGAGUCCUCCGCCAACGAAGCCACAAGCGGUGGCACCAACAGUUCAUCGUCUGCAACUUUGCUCGCGAGAAUGUGGAUGUGGAACCGGCCUACGAGGUGGGUUCUCUUCCGGCCUCGGGAUGUCGGUCGGGACGCAAUCCCCGCUACCCCAAUCUCUGUGCCCUCCAGGAGCACUACGAUGUGAACGCCGUUGAUAGGUUCCACCAUAAGCAACCCAUAAGGUUCAGGAUCAAGUACAGCGGACCCAAGGCAUCGAAAGCAGUUCGUGGCCUGGCCUUUCAUCCCAACAUCCAUAUGGGACCUGUUUAAAAUAUAAAUAAGGAGCUGAGGGAAGUUCUUACCUUUAAUCAUAUUCCCUCUUGUAUUUUCAUUUAUAUACAUUACCAUUGUAAUUU